GUUUUGAGAAACCCGGAAGCAGUGUCGGUAGAGACGCUAUCAUGGCGUCGCGGGAGCGGAGGAGGAGAAGUCGGUCUGGCUCCGAGGCCAGGGAGGGCCGGCACCGGAAGGGGAGAGAGCAGGAAGCAGGGGAGAGCUCGGAGGAAGAGCGCCGAAAAUGGAGGAAGAAGAAAGAAAAGAGACGGGAAGGCCACCAUAAGAAGAAGGAGAAGAAGCGCUCCUCGCCUUCACCGAGCCCUGACUCCUCUCCGGAGAAGCGCAGCCGGAGCCACGAAAGGCGGGGGAAGCGGAGCCGCAAGCGUUCACCAUCGCCACGUUCCUCAGUCUCUUCGGUAUCGUCACCCUCGCCGUCCCGCUCGCAAAGUGACCUGGGCGAGACACUGAGCCUCCAGGAGCGGCUGAAGCUGAAGGAGGAAAAGAAGCAGCAGAAGGAGAUGAUGAAGGCCUUGGAGACCCCUGAGGAGAAGCGGGCCCGGCGUCUGGCUAAGAAGGAGGCCAAGGAGCGAAAGAAGCGGGAGAAGAUGGGCUGGGGGGAAGAGUACAUGGGCUACACCAACACCGACAACCCCUUCGGGGACAACAACCUCCUAGGUGCCUUCAUUUGGAGCAAGGCCCUGGAGAAAAAGGGCAUUGGCCACUUGGAGGAGAAGGAGCUGAAGGACCGGAACAAGCGGAUCCAAGAGGAGAACCGGCUGGAGCUGCAAAAGGUGAAGCAGCUGCGCCUAGAGCGGGAGCGAGAGAAGGCCAUGCGGGAGCAAGAGCUGGAAAUGCUGCAGCGGGAGAAGGAGGCCGAGCAUUUCAAGACCUGGGAGGAGCAGGAGGACAACUUCCAUUUGCAGCAAGCCAAGCUGCGCUCGAAGAUCCGGAUCCGGGAUGGACGGGCCAAGCCCAUCGAUCUCCUCGCCAAAUACAUCAGUGCUGAGGACGACGACCUAGCUGUAGAGAUGCACGAGCCAUACACUUUCCUGAAUGGACUCACCGUCUCCGACAUGGAGGACCUGCUUGAGGACAUCCAGGUUUACAUGGAGCUGGAGCAAGGGAAGAACGUGGAUUUCUGGAGGGACAUGACUAUCAUCACAGAAGAUGAAAUAGCCAAACUGCGGAAGCUGGAGGCUUCGGGGAAAGGGCCGGGCGAGCGCCGCGAAGGGGUCAAUGCCUCAGUCAGCUCAGACGUCCAGUCUGUCUUCAAGGGCAAGACCUACAACCAGCUGCAGGUCAUCUACCAAGGGAUUGAGGGCAAAAUCUUAGCCGGCGGACCCAACCUGGACAUCGGCUACUGGGAGAGUCUGCUGCAGCAGCUCAAGGCCUACAUGGCCCGGGCCAGGCUACGGGAACGGCACCAAGACGUCCUGCGCCAGAAGCUGUACAAGCUGAAACAGGAGCAAGGAGUGGAGAGCGAACCUCUGUUUCCCAUCAUUAAGAAGGAACCAUCAUCCCCGGGUGCUGGGAGCAGCAACAGGGCAGAACCUGAAGAGAGCGCCUCGUCGUCACAGCCGGGCCCCUCGUCCUCUUCAGCGGAAGCUGGCACCGAAGCGGAGUCAGAAACCAAAGGGGAAGGGGAGGCGGUGCUGAUGGAAGAGGACCUCAUCCAGCAAAGCCUGGAUGACUACGACGCCGGGAAGUACAGCCCCCGCCUCUUGACCUCCCACGAGCUGCCCUUCGAUGCUCACGUGGUGGAAGUGGACGAGGACCUCCAGCGCCUGCUUCUCUCCCGGCAGCAGCUCCAGGUCACAGGGGACGCCAGUGAGAGCGCCGAGGACAUCUUCUUCCGGCGAGCCAAGGAAGGGAUGGGGGCUGACGAGGCCCAGUUCAGUGUGGAGAUGCCACUGACGGGCAAGGCCUACUUGUGGGCCGACAAGUACCGGCCCCGCAAGCCCCGCUUCUUCAACCGCGUCCACACGGGCUUUGAGUGGAACAAGUACAACCAGACUCACUACGACUUCGACAACCCGCCACCCAAGAUCGUCCAGGGCUACAAGUUCAACAUCUUCUACCCGGAUCUCAUCGACAAACGCUCUACCCCGGAAUACUUCCUGGAGGCCUGCCCAGACAACAAGGACUUUGCCACCCUCCGCUUCCAUGCCGGGCCGCCCUACGAGGACAUUGCCUUCAAAAUCGUCAACCGUGAGUGGGAGUACUCCCACCGCCACGGCUUCCGCUGCCAGUUUGCCAACGGCAUCUUCCAGCUCUGGUUCCAUUUCAAGCGCUAUCGCUACCGGCGGUGAAAGGAAGACGAUUCCAUUACAUUGCUGGGAAAAGUGAACCCUGUAAAGCAGUGACUCCCAUUCUCUGUCGAGAGAGCAGAGCCCCGCGAGGCCAAGCAAACUAAGACCCAUAAGAUGGGAAUUCCCUAACUUUGCCAAGAAAACCGGACCCUGUUGGGUAGAGAUUCCCAUACUAUACUGAAAAGGCUCAACUCCAUACACUUCCCAAACUUUGUCAAGAAAACUCAACCCCGUCAGGCAGGGAUUCCUUUACUUUGCUGAGAAAGCUGAAUCCUGCAAGGCCGAAAAACCUCAACCCCAUAAGAUAGGGUCAAACUCAACCUCGUAAGAUUCCCAAAUUUUCUGCGAAAAUGGUACCCCAUAAGUUGGGUAUUCCAUUACUUUCCUGAGAAAACAGAACCAUGGAAGAUUCCAAAUUUUGCCAAGAAAACAGGACCCCAUCAGGCAGGGUUCCCAAACUUUAUCGAGAAAAUCCAACCCCAUAAGAUAGGGAUUCCCAAACUUUGAGUGGGAAUGGCUUCCUAUGGGUCACCCUCUAUUAAGAGCAAUCCCCCACAAAGUUUACAAAGUGUACGCAGUUUGGGAAGUCUCCAUUUGGACAAAUCCUGGAUGGUUUUGAGUCUGACUUCCCAGAAGCUUUGGGGAUUCUGGGAGCUGAAAUCCCAGGCGAGGUCUGCGACCAAAUUUUGUCUCCAAAUCCCCAAACGUAUCUAUCUAUCUUUCUUUUAGGGCUGUUUCUCCAAUGUAUAUUAGUCAGACUUUUAUCUCAUAGUCGAGUCCCAGAAGGAUCCUGAUGGGCUUUUUUGUAAUCGUUGCCUCCAGACAUUAUCGAUCGCGGGGAUUGGAUGACAAACACUCUCUUUCUCGCAAUAAAUGACUUUUUGUUUUUCA